CGCCCAUCCACCCCUAUAUCGCUCCGGCCGUGCCACUCUCUCCCCUUAACACCAGCUUACCAUCACUCCACUCCUGCACAGUCCUCUGCACCAGACACAGCCAGCGCACGGCGAGCGCGCGCGCGGCCGGCAUUGGCGCCGCAAGAUGGCGAGCGGCUCCGGGGAGCACUUCCUGAGGCAGCUGAGCUCCAGCAACGGGCUGCAGGCCGCGCAGGACGGGUACGGCGGCGGGAGGAGGAGGGGCUCCAGGCGGUGGUCCAAGAAGCGGGCCGGGAGAGGGUACGGCGGCGGCGGGAAGGGGGAGGCGGCGUCGUCCUCGGCGGCCGCGGGGAGGAAGCGGGUGAUGGUGGUGGUCGACGACAGCUCCGGGGCCAAGCACGCCAUGAUGUGGGCGCUCACCCACGUCGCCAACCGGGGGGACUUCCUCACCCUGCUCCACGUCCUGCCGCACUACGGCGCCGGAGCGGAGGAGGCGCCCUCCCUCGCCAACUCCCUCGGCACUCUCUGCAAGGCCUGCAGGCCUGAGGUGGAGGUGGAGGCGCUGGUGAUCCAAGGCCCCAAGCUGGGCACCAUCCUCAGCCAGGUGAAGAAGCUGGAGGCCUCCGUGCUGGUGCUCAGCCAGACCAAGCCCUCUACCUUCUGCUGGCUAAGCUGCUUGGCGCGAAGCAGCGGGGAGGAGGUGGUGGAGCAGUGCAUCAACCAGGCCGAGUGCCUGACGCUGGCGGUGAGGAAGCAGAGCAAGGGCGUCGGCGGCUACCUCGUCAGCACCCGGUGGCAGAAGAACUUCUGGCUCCUCGCCUGACCUGCCCAUCCGCCAUGUCCACGACCAUGUUUUUAUAGAGUUUGCUGCUGAGUUUGUCUGUCUAGUUCGUUCCUGCGUGAUCCUCUCAUAUUUUACUCCCGUAUAUCUGUCCCGUUCUGUGCUUUUUAACCCGUCGAUCGAGUAUAAAAAAUAAAAAAAGAUGUCCGUGCAGGCGUGCGGCAUGCGGCCGUGUCGUGUGUCGCUGCGGUGGAUCGUGCACGCUGCUGCCCCCAUCGUGUUGUAAAAUGUAAAGUCUGAAAGAGUCCUAGGAUUUGACCCUCCUCCUACAGCCUUGCCGUCUUUUCAGUGUGUGUAAUUUGUACUGCCAACCUUUUUCUUAAUCUUUUCUGCUGCAAGAUUGUAAUCUGUACCUUGAUGUACCAUCAUCGUGUUGUGUUGCACAAAAGACUGAUGCUGUUGUUGAGUGA